AUGCAUACAAAUACAAUGGAAGGUGAAGGUGUGUGGGCUGAUAAAGAUAACUUGGGAGGACAAGUUGAAGACGAACAACUUCCACCACUGAAAUUACGACCUUCAGGAAAUUCUGGAGUUAAAGGGGUUAUCAACGACUACAAAGAUGCUCGUGCACACGCCGAAGAACGUCUCAAAGAGCGAGUUGAAGAGACGAAAAGGCAGAUGAUGGGGACAACCAAAAAGGAAGAGAAAAAAGACGAAGAAGACUUGGACGAGUUAGAGAAAGAGCUUUUUGGAGAAGUUGUGUCUCAACAAGUGUUCAAAGAACGGAACAAACACACUGCGAUACCAAAGUGUUUAACGAAACGGCGUUAUGGUGAUGUUCUUGAACUCGACGAUGACGAGUAUGUCAAAAUGAUAACAACACUUGAAGAUGAUGUCUUUGGUGUUGUUCAUAUCUACACUUCUUUUGUAAAAGAUUGUAUCGACAUUAACCACAUCUUAGAAACUUAUGCCCAAAAAUAUCCAACAGUCUGUUUUGGUAAAAUCACAUGGGAAGACUCGAACAAACCAUUCCCGGAAACAGCUUUACCUGCACUUCUUGUGUAUAAAGGAGAUGUAAUGGUGAAAUCGUUAUUCGGGAAAGAAGCACUCCCUUUCUUGAAUGACAUCUUCCCUGGCUUGAUCGACUGA